AUGGCUGCUAAUGUUGGCAGGGACAAGGCACCUGAAGAGCCUGACAAAAAUGCUGUGCUAACUGAUGUAGAGGCAUGGUGGAGAGAUUACUAUGAGCUACUAGAGUCCUGUGGUUACAAAUUACAACCUCAUUAUCAACCAGGUUGGAUCCUGUUUUGGAAGGGAACUGGGAAGAAUGCAUUUUUCUUUGAUGAUCUGUCUUUACCAAAAUAUGUGUUUCUCAUCAUGCCUUUCCUUCACACAUUCAACAACCCUCCCUUUUUCUCUGUUGAUGAAGUGCUUGAUUUUGUCAAGCAAACCCUUGAAGGCUUGGUCUACAUGCAUGGCCAAAAUGUAGCCCACAGAGAUUGUGCAGCUGAAAAUAUAAUGCUGGAUGCUACAGUGCUCUAUCCAAAGGGGUUUCAUCCAGUUGCUAAUUUAAAGGAUCCAUUGGGGAGGAAACAUGCACUAGUCCGACGUUGCCGUGAUGUUGAGGGUGUCAAGUAUUACUUUAUUGAUUUUGACAUCUCCUCCCGUUUUGAGGAAGACGUCAAAAAGGACCAGAGGCAUGUUACUAGCAAAGAUGGUCAAGACUGUGAGGUUCCAGAGCUGUCUCGUAAUGUUCCGUAUGACCCGUUUGUGGUCAAUGUUUUUAUUCUCAGAAACGUAUACAGAAAAACGUUCCUGGAUGUGAAUAGACCUACAGCAGAGCAGGCUUUGAAGCAAUUCUAUCAAGUGAUAAAUGCUCAGUCAAGCUUUCGCCUGAGAUGGAGGCUCAUAGAGAAGGAUGCUGGUCUAGUGCAGCGUGUGUUCCAAGAUAUCAGUUCAGUCACUCACGAGGGACUCUAUAUUUCAAAGGCUAUCAUCAGUAAGCUGUCUAAUUCCAUUUUGAAACACUAUUAA